AUGACACCCACAGCCAGAGGUACCAGCACAACCCCUCCACCACGUCCUUUUGUGCACGGUGUCCAGGUCUCCCCAACCACGCAGUGUGCCCACUGGCACUCUGACCUGGACAUAAUCGCCAUCAAACACAAGUGCUGCGGCCAGUUCUACGCCUGCAUCAGCUGCCACGAGGCCCUGGCCGGCCACACCCCACAGGUAUGGGCACGGCAGGAGCGCCACGAAAGGGCCGUGCUCUGUGGGAGCUGCAGCCGGCAGCUGUCCGUCGACGAGUACCUGAGCUCUGGCAGCAGGUGCCCGGGCUGCGGCUCGGCCUUCAACCCGGGCUGCGCCAGGCACUAUGAGCUGUAUUUCGAGGUGUGA